GUGCCUUUCGCCCAACCUCACCGCCACUGCCGCCUCCGUGGGUGGCAUCGCGGUGGCAGAGGUCGGCGGCGCCAUCGGCGGAGCUGUCGUGGGCGCCGCGGUCCGCGCGGGCCUGGCCGCCGCGGGCUCCACGUGCUCGGCGGCGGCGGGCGUGGCUGGCCAGGUGCUCGGCGCCGCGGCGCAGCAGGCCGCCAGCGUCGCCGUGACCGCCGCGGCACCCGCGGCGGCGCAGCAGCCCUUGGGCUGGACGGUCAGGGCCGCCGGGGCGGUGGGCAGCGUAGCCUUCGACACCGCCCGCGUGACGGCUGGCGCGUCCUUGGACGUCGCGUCGCAGGUUGCCGGGGCCGUGACCUCCAGCGUGGCCGCCUCGACGUUCUCGUUCGCUGGCCGCCACGCCAUCUCUGGCACGGCCUACGCGGCGCAAAGCGCGUGGGGCCUGGUGAGAAGCGCGAUUUCCCCCGAAGAGCAUCGGGAGGCGGGCCUGGCGGAGGCAGCUCCUGCGCCAGCGGCCUCUGAGAGGCCAGACUGA